UUUCUCUGCUAAAAGACCCCAUUGUGUUGGCAGUAUGGCCCUUCUCAACUAUCCUGUUCCAGAGUUGGACGCAACGCUGAAAGAAGUGAGCCGUGUUCUACAGCUCACCCUGAGCCCAGAUCUGUACCUGGAGUUCAAAAGCACACUGGAACAGCAGAGGAAAGUCCUUGAAGAGGCUCAGCAGAAACUAAAAGUCAUUAUCACAGGCAAAGAAAACUGGGUGACUCAACAGUUCAAGAGAGGUUUGUUGUCCUGUGCAGACCCCCUGCCUACAUCCACUGCACUCCCUGUUGUUCUUCUGCCGCCUAAAGCAAAGGGAAGUACCCAGCUGGGGAGGGCAGCAGCUCUGCUCUGGGCAGCAGCAAAGCUGUACAGUGAGCCCCUCUUGCUGGAGGGCAACGUUCCCAUGGAGCAAACUCAGCAGUCAGAGGUCUUUGCUGCCACCCGGAUUCCUGGCAGAAGUCAAGAUGAAAUUAAGGUCUACCCAAACAGUCUUCAUGCCAUCAUCACCUGUGUUGGUGGUGUGUUUACUGUUGACAUACUGUGUCGUCCCAGCGCUGAUGGACCAGUGUCUGCAUGCCCUUUCAUAGACAUCUACAACCAAUUAGUCGAGGUGAUGGAUCAGUCCAGAGCAGGGAAGCAGGGCGAUCCCUCUCUCGUUUGCAGUCUCUCCGCUCUGGAGCGCAAGUCCUGGGCUGCAUUCAGGGAAGAGAUCCAAAAACAAGGAGGAGAAGCUUCAGCGUCUCUGGAGUUAAUGGAGAGCGCUAUUCUCACACUCUGCCUGGAAGACUGCAACGCACCAUCGGAACUGGCUGAUGUCCUGAAUGCAGUCAGGCUUGGUGGAGAAGGAGGGAAACCGUGUUUGAGAUAUUACGACAAGGUAAUAAACCUGGUUGUCUUCAAAGAUGGCACAGCUGGGAUGGUGUAUGAGCACAGUGCAGUGGAUGGGAUGGUAGCAGCUCUUGUGACUGAACGUGUGUACCAUCUGUCUGAGACUGUUGAUCUAAACCUUGCCAUUCAUGAUGCAGAAAAUACCAAGUGUCACUCAGUAAACAGUGCUAAAUCUGAUAGCCCACAUGCCUUAACCUUUUCUUUGCAAGGGCCUCCCAGACCAAGACCUGAAUUAACAGCAAACCAACUAGUCCUCACUUUUGACCUGCCUUCUUAUCCAGAUGUAUUUUCUACUCUCAGAGGGCAGAGGGGCCUGUAUGAUGCUUGGAUCAACUUCUCUUUGCAGCUCUCCCUGAGGCAGACUCUUGGAGAAUCGGCAGCCAGUCACAUGCUUGUCACACCAACCCAUAUGCGGCACUACAAACACGGUCGUUGUGAUCCCACGUACUCGCUCACCGUUCAUUCUCUUGAUUUAAUUAAUGUCUUGUCAUCUUGCAUUGGUCCAGAUAACACAAUUCAGUACACAAAUGAGUUACUUCAGUUGUUCCAUGUUGCAUUUUUGGAGCACAAGAAUCUCAUUAGAAACACCAAAAAUGGCCAAGGUGUAGGUCCCCACUUGGCUGCCCUGCGUCGAUCUUUGCCAUCUGACAAUCCAUUAAAGAGAUUCCUGGACCCUUUUGGAUGUCCAUCAGUGUACCUCACAGGUGUGGAUUUGAUGGAAGGUGUGGAGUGUGGUGUAGGAAAUGUUUAUGCCCAAGACCAGCUAGCUGUAUCCUACCUUGGAAAGACAGACAAGGUACGCAUUAUACUCAAUGGAAAAGGAACCUUUGCAGUAUCUCUGGAGAAGCUUAUGGAAAACCUCAAGAUMAAUUUAAAAUUGGUGAUGGUUCUCGCUGUUAGAUAUGCCAUUGCAAGCCAGAUGGGAGCACUGGAGUGUCUGUUCAAACAGGGCCAGACAGAGGAGAAGAUUGACGCUACAUCUGACAUGGACUCAAACUACACCUUGGUGAUUCAUGGUGGUGCUGGAGAGGAGAUGAUGCUGAACAACCAAGUGGCAAAAAUGAUUGAGUUCGCUCUACAAACAGCUUUGACAGUUGGGUCCAAAGCACUCCAAAAGGGGGGCAGUAGUUUGGAUGCUGUUCAGAGGUCAGUGGAAGCUUUAGAGGACUGCUUCCUGUUCAACGCAGGCAAAGGUUCAGUUUUUAACAAAGACGGCAAAAAUGAAAUGGAGGCAGCUAUUGUAGAUGGGAAUGGGACAAGGUCUGGAUCUGUUGCUUGUGUGAGAAACAUAAAAAACCCAAUCAAAGCAGCCAGGUGUGUAAUGGAGAGGAGUUCCCAUUCACUGCUUGUGGGAGAAGGAGCUGAAGAGUUUUACCAAYGGUUGGAUGAGAAAGAAAAGCCUGUUGGGCCAGAGUAUUUCUACACUGACAUACGUCACAAAGAGUUAAUUGUGAAACUCUGUGGUAGAAAUACCUCAAAAAACAAUCACCCUCAGACAGUUGGAGCUGUGGCCUUGGAUCGUUGGAAUGGAUUGGCUGCUGCAUCCUCCACAGGUGGGCUGGUGGGAAAGCUGAAAGGGCGAGUUGGGGACACUGCAGUUGUGGGGGCAGGAAUAUAUGCUGAUGACAAGGUAGCAAUCACUUGCUCUGGAGAUGGGGAUGUUUUUUUGAGGAACACUGUGGCACAGAAAAUAGCCAGUCUGUACCACAACAAAGGCUAUACCCUUCGGCAAGCAUGCAGGGAAGUGAUGGCUGAAAACCUGAAAGGCACGUGUGCAGGAAUCGUAGCUGUGGACAAAAAAGGUGAUGCUAUUAUUGAAACAAAUGCUGGUGUGAUGUUUGUGGCCUCAAUGAUUGGUGGGAUUUCACGGGUAGAGGUUCUCAGGCCCAUGACAAACUUCUCUAAUGUGAUCUGGGAAACUGAAGAGCUUGUUGCCUUUCUGAACCCCAACCCCUGGACCCCUGGAUCAACCAUUGUGACAAGAAAAACUCUUAGUGGGGCAAGUAGCAUUUUCCAGCUGCCUAAACCUGACUUUGUUGCCAUGCUACAGGGGGCAAAGGUCGUAUCAAAAUUGCUGUGUAAGCAACUGGAGGUGCAGCGUUGUGCCUUGGUUUUCAAUCCAACUCUUGAUAAACCAGCAGAAAUUAGACUGCUCCCACUUCAUGGUUUAGAGGCAAAGUGGGAGCCCCACCUUGCUCAUGAUGAAGAGUUCUAUGGUCACUGUCCUGGUUUCUGUACCUCAAAAAAUGGUCCACGUUGGGAUGAGGAUAAGCUGUCCCAGGUUCAGGCCAACAUCAGGAAUUCACUGCCAACACCGAAUGCACCUUGUUGCUUUGACUAUUUUGGUGAUCCCUCCAAUGAUGAAAACCUGUUUAGCCAGAUUAUAAGUGGAAAGCAGAAACAGUGGAGAGUGUGGGAAGACAGUGAGCAUGUUGCCUUCUUAACACCAUAUCCCAACAGACCAGGGUUAACAGUUGUGGUGCCACGCAAAGCACUGACCAGCGAUAUCUUCAGAUUGGAUGAUACUGACUACAACGCGCUGAUCUUAGCCACUUAUAAUGUUGCUCAGCUACUGCAAAAAGGAAUGAAAGCUCAAAAUGUUGCAAUGAUCUUUGAGGGGUUUGAGAUUGACCAUGCCCACGCUAAACUGGUCCCUCAGUUGCAUUCUCCGGAUAUCAUUAAAACCUCUGAGCCAGAGUUUUUUGAAAGCUAUCCUGGUUUUGUGUCAUCACUGGAUGGUCCACCUGCCGACUCUGAAACCCUCAAAACCAUCCAUGCAAAAAUCAUCCAGAGCAGAGCUCCUCGUUCAUGGGAAGAUCCUCACUCUCAUUCCACACUUGCCAUCACAAACCAAUGGUAUCGCAACCUGUUCCAGAUCCAGAACACUUUAUUCCACAGCACGGUGGAAUUUUUCCACAGCUGCUGCCAGUACUCUUAUGCUCUGACCCCUCUCACAACAGACACCAUUUCUUCACCAAUGGGUCUGGGAUCUGACUCAGAACCAGUGUCUGUCCAUCUGCUAGGACAAGAUAUAUACCUGGCCGACUCUAUGCAGUUUGUACUUGAAUACUUCCUUCGCUUUCAGGAGAACCUACCUGGGACCUACUACAUAUCUCCUAGCUUUAGAGGAGAAGAUCCAGAUGCCACUCACUUGAACCAGUUCUACCAUGUUGAGUGUGAAAUGUUGGGUGACAUGGACAAUGCCAUUMCCAUUGCAGAGGGAUACUUGGUGCAUCUUACCAAGUCCAUGUUGAAAAACCACUCAAACAUAAUCCUGAACACUGCUGGAAGCCUGACACACGCCACAGCCCUGCUGAGUAAAAUGGAUGAAAAAAUCUCUCUUCCAAGAAUCACCCUAGAUGAGGCCAUUUCUGUGAUGCCCUCUGCUGACUGUUUCGAAUGGGUACAAGAUGGCCAGCCACAUUUUGGGAGAAAGCUAACUCGCAAAGGAGAGCGUGUUUUGAUAGAUAAGUAUGGCGGCGCUGUUUGGCUAACUGAGAUGGAUCACCUAGGAGUUCCUUUCUACCAGGCGUAUGUGGAGGGCACGGGGCGAAGCAAAGCCAAAGCAGCUGACCUAUUGCUGYGACUGGGUGAAACUUUGGGUCUUGGGGAACGCCAUCCCACCCCUGAGAUGGUACAAGAAGCCCUGAAGCAUCAUGCAGUGCCAGAGGAGACCUAUAAGUGGUACACUAGCAUGCGCCAAGUGAAGCCCCUCCUCACUAGUGGAUGGGGCAUGGGGACGGAGCGCUACUUGUGCUGGCUGCUUCAGCAUAACGAUGUUAGAGAUGUGCAAAUCAUACCGAGGAUGAAAGGAGUGAAGUACAUGCCCUGAGAAGAAGACCUGCUCUGUCUUUUAGGCCAUUAGAUUUGAUGUUUAUGUAGUAAACAGGCCAAAGGACUGUAGAGUCUGAGCUUACAAAGACAUCAGUGAUGUUCAAAAUGUAACUUUGAUCCAAAUCUGAAUUUCUAAACAUAAUGUACUUACCUAACCAGAACACUGCUGUAGCUUUUAUUUGCAGAUAACUUUAGAAAAGUAAAUGCAGUAUAUUUGAUACACCAAAGAGUAACUUGGUGAACUGGUGAACAAAAAAAUAUGUGAAAAUUCAUUCAAACUGCUUUUACAUUUAUUUCUGUGAGCCUGAAUAUUAAUCUUGGAAACAAAUACUUUGCAAGAUUUUUUUUUGUAAGUUGCUAGAAAAGUGACGUGUUUAAUGAAACUUAAACUUAAAGAAGCAUUUGUGUUCAGUUUUUCGGGGAUUAUUCUGAUUUAUUUUAAUUUUUUACUCAGUU